GGAAAACUUUCGCCAACCGCGAUUCCGUAAGCCGCACGACCAGUACAAAUCGACGCCGAAAUGAUACGUUCCAGUGCGAGAAUCGCUCGCUUGCCCCUGCGAAGCAUUGCCGUGGCCACACUAAACAAUCAAGGAGGGCUGUUGCAACCGAGUGCAAACUUGCCAUCCGCCACACAGGUCCGUUACCGCUCCACACCGAUCAACACGGUCGUUAUGUUUGUGCCGCAGCAGGAGGCAUGGGUCGUCGAGCGGAUGGGCAAAUUUCAUCGCAUCUUAGAACCGGGUCUGAAUGUGCUCCUGCCCGUGAUGGAUCGCGUAAAGUACGUACAAAGUCUGAAAGAAAUCGCCAUAGACGUCCCGAAGCAAUCGGCGAUCACGUCCGACAACGUUACGCUCAGCAUCGAUGGCGUCCUUUACCUGCGCAUCCUCGAUCCGUAUCUUGCCUCGUACGGCGUGGAGGAUCCCGAGUUCGCGAUCACGCAGCUCGCCCAAACGACGAUGCGAUCGGAGCUGGGCAAAAUGUCGCUCGAUAAAGUAUUCCGGGAGCGCGAGUCGCUCAACAUCAGUAUCGUGGAGUCGAUCAAUAAGGCGAGCGAGGCGUGGGGCAUCUCCUGCCUGCGGUACGAAAUCCGUGACAUUAAACUGCCGAGCCGCGUGCACGAAGCGAUGCAGAUGCAGGUCGAAGCGGAGCGACGGAAACGGGCGGCCAUUCUCGAGUCGGAAGGUGUCCGUGCCGCCGACAUUAACGUGGCCGAAGGCAAACGGCAGUCACGUAUUCUCGCGUCCGAGGCACAGAAACAGGAGGAAAUCAAUCGAGCCAAUGGUGAAGCUGCCGCCAUCAUGGCGUUGGCCGAUGCACGGGCCAAAAGCUUGCGAAUCGUGUCCGAAUCACUGUCCACCGAGCACGGGCGUAGUGCGGCUUCGCUGAGUGUGGCCGAGAAGUACGUGGUAGCGUUCGAGAAGCUGGCCAAACACAACAACACUCUCAUCGUGCCAUCGACCGCAUCCGACGUGACGUCGAUGGUGGCACAGGCCUUGCAGAUCUACAACAAUCUCUCCAACAAGUCUUCGUCGUCGGCCGUUCACCAGCAGCACCAUGAUUCCCGCGGCAGUGGUGUGGAUGAGCAAACGAUGGUUCUCAACGAAAUUGACCCACUGCCGCCAACGUAUGAGAGUCACGCGGACGUCGGAGGCAAGAAGUCGCCGGGCAGUGGCAGUACAAUGAAAUAAAAGUCGGUCCCUGUAACGCGAAUGACUGAACCGCGCCAAUUUGUUUUCUUAGGGCGAGGCAAAACUGAGUUGAAUGUUCGAAACAUCGAGCGCCAUGGGAGGGCAUUUGAUAAUGGAGCCACUGAAUGGAAAAGCACCAUUCGGUACGAUACUUGUUAAUGUAAAUAAAGUUCUAG